CUGCUCACUUGUUUUAUCUUGUUUAGUAUAUUAUCCCAGUGGCAUAGGUGUGACAUCUCCAUUGCUUUUUAAACAUACAACAAAAGAAGGAUUUACUUUGUAUGUAUUCAUAAUGUUAAAUUUAGAUACUCCUGGUUUGCAUAAUUCCUUUCCCGUGAAAUGGAUGGAUCAAAGGUCACUAAAAACCAGAGGCUGCUCAAUGGAAUGACACAGAAUGACUUCACUGCUCUGCGCUAUUAGGACAGGGAGGUGGGAAUAAUGCAAUAAAACAAAGAUGCAAAGGUAAGUAAUUCAAUGAAGAAACCUGCCUGCUUCUGAUACAUCUAGGUAGUUUGUAAUAUUAAUGUAUAGCUGGUGUUGUAUCAUUUAAAAUAAUUUAAAAGAUAAAAAUGUUUAACUUGGAAGCAAAUUUGUAUUGAUAUUGAAUAAAGAAUCUUCUGUGUUUUUAUUUAGCCAUUUUGUGCCAGCAAUGAUGUGCAUUUUGACUUUACAGAUCAUUUGUUUUUUCUGUCAGGAUGUUGGUAGGAAGUGACACAGUAUAUUAUAUCUGAUGAGCACAACAUUAUCUGGUUCUCUGCUGAAUGCUUUCUCACCAUGAGUGGACACCAAUAAAUGGGAAACAGCAAAAAAUACAACUUCACUGAGAAAAACUUCAGAGCUGAAAGCAUAAAGGCUGGUACUCUACAGAUGUCCAACAACAGCUCAAUGACUCGGAUACAUGAAAAUACUUCACUUCUCUGUGGUAAAGACCCUGUCUAUUACACAAAUACCCUAGGUAUUGUGGUGGACUGGGUGAUAUUUCUAGUGGGACUACCAGAAGUCUGCCUGGCCUGCUACGCUCUCCUGUGUCUACUCAAGAAGGACAGGGUAGCUCCGAUCUUCGUCAUAAACCUGCUCCUGUCAGACCUCAUGCAGAUCGGGGUCACAGUUGUCUUUAUCAUGAGUAGGUUUUUUGACGCCACCUUCCAUCCUUUCGUCAGGGCCCGCUGCAUCGCUCGACUCUUUGUCCGUUUGGGCCUGACCUCCAGUUUGGGUUUCAUGCUGAUGAUUUCUGCAGAAAGGUAUUCAAUGGUGGCAUAUCCAGUGUGGUACCACACAAAGAAAAAUGUAAACAUAGCCAUCCUGAUCUCAGUUUGCAUAUGGACCCUUUCGCUGACCUACUCCACUUUGGAUUAUGUCUACAUGAUUCACACCAGAUUCUCCUUGUUGCUAUUCUCCAUCGUCUGCCUCCUACCUGCCCCAUUCCUUCUGGCUCUCUUCACAGCCACGUGGAAAGCCCUCAACAAGAGUGCAGCCAUGAGACAUGAAGUGAAGAACAGGAAGAAAGUUUUGGGAGUUCUGAGUCUGAUGUUGGGGACAUACAUAGUUUUGUUUUUCCCCUUCAGUUUCAGGAACCUCUACUACUCUCUCAAAGGGGACGACGCCUCAGACGCAGAGGACUCUGUCAGGGAUUUGUUCGGUAUUUUGACCAGUGCUCUGGUCUAUCUUAGCCCUUUGAUAGACUCUUUAAUCUAUAUUUUCAUUAGGCGGGACAUAAAGGACACGGUGGAAGCGUUUCCCUGCUGCAAAACGCCUCUGAGGAAGCUCAGAGAGUUUCAGGACAGGCUAACAGACACUUCCCAGACUGAGACGGCCUUAUGAUUAAUUCAAGGGAGUCUUCAUCACACCCUUUUGUUUCUUAGGGGCACCAAACCCUUCAGUGUCUACAGCGUGCAGUGUAAAAGAGCUGGCUAUAGUGCAUAGAAAAAUGUAUGUUCCCUGCAGCUCUGCGAAGUGUUUUAGCUCAUUAUUUUGGUUUUACUGUCUACAAGUUUAAAUAGACACACACAUUGUCUGACCAACUGAAGAUGCUUUUGUCUUAGACAUUAUUUGUAAAUUUCAAUAUAAAUGUCUUUGCUUGUUUUUUGUUUUUUUAAAAUAUAUAUGCAUUAUCUACACUUGUGGUUCAUGUUAUU